GUAACUUUAUUCCUCUCUCAGGUCGCCAUAGCCGAACAGCCCACCACCAAGCGACAACCGACAACUACAUGCAUAUACACGCACACACAACAAACACGCGUUACAAUGCGUCAUCUGCCUCUCCCGGUUGCCUCUCUGUGACUGUCUCUCUCUCUCUCUGUCUCUCCAUUUGUCUCCAAAUCUCUUCCACGCUUCAAUACCACAUUCAACAUUCACGCCCCUUCUCGUUUUCGAUUCCGCUCCCUCUCCUUCUCGCUCUCCAAAUCAAGAUUCCGUCGCCAAAUUUAGCCUUUCCAUCUCAAACAUACACUCGGAUAUACACGGAUAGGCAUAUAAACAGCAAUUGGUGCCGGAAUGAGGUUGAAGGAGGAGGCGGAGGAAGAGAUGGUGGCGCAAAAGUACUCUGGAGGCUUUCCGCGCCAGACGAGGGAUGUCGUGGUCGGCUACGCUCUUACCUCCAAGAAGAAGAGGAGCUUUUUGCAGCCCAAGCUUGAAGGCCUGGCUAGGAACAAGGGCAUAUCUUUUGUUGCUAUUGAUCCAAAUAGACCCCUUUAUGACCAAGGUCCUUUCGAUAUUGUUUUACACAAGUUAACGGGGAGGAAGUGGCAGCAGAUUCUUGAGGAUUAUAGGCAAACGCAUCCCGAAGUUACAGUUCUUGAUCCACCAGAUGCCAUACAGCAUGUGCACAAUCGUCAGUCUAUGCUUCAGGAUGUUUCAGACUUGAACUUGUCCAAUGCGUAUGGCACAGUUGGUGUUCCAAGGCAAUUGGUUAUCAAAAAAGACCGGACAUCUAUCCCUGAUGCAGUUAAAACAGCUGGGUUGAAGCUACCUCUUGUUGCAAAGCCUUUGGUGGUGGAUGGAACUGCAAAAUCACAUGAACUGUCCCUGGCUUAUGAUCAGCACUCCCUCCAGAUACUUGAACCUCCACUUGUUCUACAAGAGUUUGUUAACCAUGGUGGUGUUCUCUUCAAGGUCUACAUUGUUGGGGAAGCUAUUAAAGUUGUCAGGCGUUUCUCUUUACCAGAUGUUAGUAAACUCGAGCUAUCAGAAAAUGCUGGCAUAUUCCGCUUUCCAAGGGUUUCUUGUGCUGCAGCAUCUGCCGAUGAUGCAGAUCUGGACCCCAGCAUUGCUGAGCUUCCUCCACAACCUUUGCUUGAGAGACUUGCUAGGGAACUUCGUUGUCGAUUGGGUCUUCGGUUAUUCAACUUGGAUAUGAUUAGGGAGCAUGGAACCCAAGACCACUUCUAUGUCAUUGACAUCAACUAUUUCCCUGGGUAUGGUAAAAUGCCAGAAUAUGAGCACAUAUUUACAGAUUUCCUCUUGGGUCUGGCCCAAAAAAACAAGUUCAUGAAAUGCACUGCUAAACCCGUUGAAGAGCUGUUGUGAUACAAAUGUGACAAUUAACUUGAAAAUGUCAAAUCGUGCUUGACUGGUGGCAGAGGUAGUCGGAUGCAUCUAUGGAUUCCGGUUUCUUCUGCAGUGAAUGACGGAUGGAUGCAAGUGUGCAGGAAGGUCCACAUCCAUCACAACCUAUAUUAAUAUAUAUGGACUCGUAGAGGAAUUUGGUCCUUCUGGACUCAACCCAUCGUUGAACAGCGGCAGCUUUUUUGCCAAAUAACCGUCUAGCUUAAUUAGCAGCAGCUCCUAAUGUCUUUCCAAUUUCUUUGUUCAUGUUUGUUUGUUUGUUUGUUUUCCUUUGCCCUUCCCAGUUCCCAUGUGUGUUUCAUAUUUGAUGUUGUUAAUUAGCAGGGUUCUCUGUUCAUUGCUGUAGCUAGCUUGACACCACCAUUUGUACAUAUUCUGAAUCUGCGGCUUUGUUUACCGAAUGGUGAUUUAGCUUCAGGCUAUGAAUGGGGUUUGUCUUA